AUGGAAGGGAAGCCAAAAACAGUAGUUUUGGUUGGACGAACAGGUCACGGGAAAAGUGCAACCUGCAAUUCUAUACUUGGAAGAAAAGCAUUCGAGUCAAAGUUUUGUGCCGGCGGUGUUACUACCAAGACUGAGCAGCAGUCAACUCCACUAGAGGAUGGCAGUAUUAUUAAUGUGAUUGAUACUCCCGGGUUAUUUGAUUUUCAUGGUAAUACUGAGUUUCUUGGAAAUGAAAUUGCCAAAUGCAUCAAUUUGGCAAAUGAUGGUCUCCAUGCUAUUGUUCUCGUCCUGUCAAUCCGGGGUCGAUUUUCAAAAGAAGAAGAAGCUGCUGUGCAAGCACUCAGUUCUUUUUUCGGCCCCAAAAUUCUUGGAUAUCUGAUUGUAAUUUUCACUGGUGGUGAUGAACUAGAAGCUGAUGAUCAAACCCUAGAUGAUUACUUGGGCGGUACAGAUUGCCCCAAACCCUUGCAGGAUACCCUGACACAAUGUGGGAACCGACAAAUACUCUUCAACAACAGAACAAAAAUAGAAGCCGAGAAAUCUAAACAACGGAAUCAAUUUCUUUCUCUAGUAAAUGAUGUUGUGAAAAACAAUGGCGGAAUACCCUACACUGAUCCACUAUUUAUCAAAAUGCAGGACAUAGAAAACCAGUGGAAGGAAGGCUCAAAAAAUGCAUCGGCUGAACAGAUGGAGGAGAUGAAAAAGGCAUAUGAAGAACAGCAAAAGAUAAUGAUCGCGUCGAUUGAGGCAAAGUUCAAAGAGACCCUUGGAGAGGUAAAACAAAACAUGGCAGCGGAGCAAGAAAGAAACCGCAUCGCAAAUGAAAAGCUUAUACGGGAACUGCUAAAUACGAAAGUUGCUCAAGCCAAGGCAGAAGCACACACAGCCACACUAGAGGCUCAGUUGAAAGCGCAAAAAGAAAUACAUGACAUGGAAAAGCAAUUAGAUAGACUUAAGUUGGAGGCUGCUACCGAGGAAGCUGAAGGCUCAUGUGCUAUUUUGUAA